ACGACUUUUAUUUUGUUAGAUGAAUCCACACGUGGUUGACGAUCAACGCUGCUUCCGGCUUCACAGUACCUAAACAAACUUCAGCAUGUAUUCACGUCAAAUGUAUCUUCACUGAAGAAGCCAGUUUCCUGCCAUGUCGAGCGGCUACAAGCCAGAUAUCCUGUGGUCACCGCAUCACGCAGACCACUACGUGAUCUGUGACACUGAACUCAGUCUGUACCGGAUUGGACCUGCGGGAAGCUCUGAAACCAAAGCUGGAGCUCUUCCCCUAUCCGAGGAGACUGCGGCGACGCUGUUGGCCAUCAACUCCGAUACUCCCUAUAUGAAAUGUGUGGCCUGGUAUCCAAAGCACGAACCGGAAUGUUUGCUGGCCGUGGGACAGGCCAACGGCCGAGUCGUCUUGACCAGUCUGGGACAGAGCCACAACUCCAAAUGUAAAGAGCUGGUGGGUAAAGAGUUCGUGCCCAAGCACGCCCGACAGUGCAACACGCUCGCGUGGAAUCCAGUGGACAGUAAUUGGCUUGCGGCUGGUUUGGAUAAACAUCGGGCUGAUUUCUCAGUCUUGAUAUGGGACGUUAGUAGUAAGUUCUCCCCCGAGGCUGUACCCACAGAGAAGCUUCGUCUGUCCGGAGACACGGAUUCUGGGCUGGUGGUGACCAAGCCGUUGUACGAGCUGGGGCAGAACGACGCGUGUCUAUCUCUCUGUUGGCUGCCCCGUGAUCAUCAAAAGUUACUCUUGGCCGGGAUGCACAGAAACCUCGCCAUCUUCGACCUGCGCAACACCAGCCAGAAGACGUUUGUGAACACCAAAGCCAUUCAGGGCGUCACGGUGGACCCACACUUUCAGGAUCGCGUUGCAUCCUUCUUCGAAGGUCAGGUUGCCAUCUGGGACUUGCGGAAGUUCGAGAAGCCGGUUUUCACCUUGACGGAACAACCCAAACCUUUGAUCAAAGUGGCAUGGUGUCCCACGCGCAUGGGCCUGCUGGCCACGCUCACGAGAGACAGCAACAUAAUCCGUCUGUACGACAUGCAGCACACCCCCAUGCCCUUCGGCGACGAGGGGGAACCCACCAUCAUCGAGCGGGGCGUGCAACCCUGCAGCGAGAGCAUCAUCAGUAGCCUCGCCUGGCACCCGUCGGCGCAGAAUCGCAUGGUGGUGGUGUCGCCCAACAGGGUUAUGAAUGACUUCACGGUGUUCGAGCGGAUUUCAUUGGCCUGGAGCUCCACCACGUCUCUCAUGUGGGCGUGUGGGCGGCACCUUUAUGAGUGCUCGGAGGAUGCUGGGCCGGGAACGGCCGCUGUUGGAAAAGACAUCGCCACUGAGAUGAGGGAGCGAGCGCAGUCGCGCUAUGGUCACGACACUGUCCAGGUGUGGAGGAACCACGUGCUGGCUGGAGGAGACGACCCUCAGCUGAGGUCAAUCUGGUACACGCUGCACUUUAUGAAACAGUACACUGAAAACAUGGAGCAGAAGCAACAGGGCAAUAAACAAUCGCUCAUUUAUUCAGGCAUCAAAAACAUUGUCAAGACCAGCUCUGGCACCACAGAGACGCGGCGGUGCUGGUCGGGCUCGGACAGACAGACGGAUGUGCCGCGGUAUCACAGCGAGGAGCGCAGUCUGGCCCUGCAGUUGUGCGGCUGGAUCAGUCAAGGGCCGGACAUCGAUGUGGAGCCCUUCCUGAAGACUCUGGAGCAAGAGGGCGAGUGGGAGAGAGCCGCUGCUGUCGCCCUCUUUAACCUGGACAUCCGCCGGGCCAUUCAGAUUCUUAAUAAAGGAGCUUCUUCAGAGAAAGGUGACCUGAAUCUAAACGUGGUGGCCAUGGCUCUGUCGGGCUACACGGAUGAGAAGAACUCUCUGUGGAGAGAAAUGUGCAGCUCCCUGAGACUACAGCUGAAGAAACCCUACCUGUGUAUCAUGUUUGCCUUCCUCACCAGUGAACCUGGCACGUAUGACGGGGUCUUGUAUGAGAGUCGUGUAGCCGUGAGGGACAGGGUGGCCUUCGCAUGCAUGUUUCUCAACGACGCUCAGUUGCCACGUUACAUAGACAAGCUGACCAAUGAGAUGAAGGAAGCUGGUAACCUGGAGGGCAUUCUGCUCACGGGACUGACCAAAGAUGGAGUGGAUCUGAUGGAGAGUUAUGUGGACCGCACUGGUGACGUGCAGACGGCUAGUUUCUGCAUGUUGAAGGGUUCCUCAGGAGAAGUACUGAAGGACCCUCGAGUACAGUGUUGGAUCGAGAAUUAUCGCAACUUGUUGGACGCCUGGAGGUUUUGGCAUAAACGGGCUGAAUUUGACAUUCAUAGAAGCAAACUGGAUCCCAGCUCGAAACCACUUGCACAGGUGUUUGUGAGCUGUAACUUCUGUGGAAAGUCGAUAUCAUACAGCUGUUCGGCGAUGCCACACCAGGGCCGUGGGUUCAGCCAGUAUGGGGUCAGCGGUUCACCCACAAAGUCAAAGGUCACCAGUUGCCCGGGAUGUCGCAAACCACUUCCGCGCUGUGCCCUCUGUCUCAUGAACAUGGGCACGCCUGUGUCCAGCUGCCCAGGAAAAGCAGACGAGAAAGCUGAUCUCACACGAGACAAAAAACUCGCUCAGUUUAAUAACUGGUUUACCUGGUGUCACAACUGCCGUCACGGGGGUCACGCAGGUCACAUGCUCAGCUGGUUCAGAGAUCACAGCGAGUGUCCCGUCUCCGCCUGCACCUGUAAAUGCAUGCAGCUGGACACCACAGGCAACCUGGUGCCUUCUGAUAGUGUAUAAUGUCUUUUCUGCCUUCUGGCUCUUUUAAACCUCCCCACUUUACUAGAAGUCUGACAUGAACAUUUGUGUCUUUCUGACACCUAUGAUGUGAACUACACCUCUGACAGUAAUGACAAGUAAAGCUGUUUGGUUGGUAGGAUUAUGUAACCUAUGGUUAACUCAUCCCACCCACAGACCGUUUGUGUUUGCAGAGACUUUCAAGCUGCUUGAGAAAGAAUGUAUGUGAAGGUCUGACAUGCCGUCUGUGAAAUGUGGUUCAGAAGUGAUUCGCUAUGAUAAAAACAUUUUAGUAUCGCCCUUAAAGACAGGGGAAAUGCUACAGACUGAGGAGUUUGAAUGUUUGGGAGCAAAGUUUUGUUCUGUAAUUUGUUGCAUAUUAAAGGGACAGUUCACCCAAAAAUCAAAAAUCUGUCAUCAUUUACUCACCUUCGAGUUGUUCCAAAUCUGUAUCAAUUUUGUUGUUCUGAUGAACACAAAGAAAGAUAUUUGGAAGAAUGCUUUUAACCAAACAGCUCUUGGUCUCCAUUGACUAACAUAGUAGGAAAAAAAGUCCAUAGUAGGACUUUAUACAAAAGUUGUAUAUUUUUUGUUAUGUUGAACACAAAAGAAGAUACUUUGAAGAAUGUAGGACAGCAAACAGUUCUGGGGCACUUUUGACUCUCGUCAUUUUUCCUACUAUGGUAGUCAAUGGGGGGAGCAAUCGUCCAAAUAUCUUUCUCUGUGUUCAUCAAUCAAAGAAAUGUAUAGAGAUUUGGAACGACUAGAGAGUGAAUAAAUGACAGAAUUUUCAUUUUUGGGUGAACCAUCGCUUUCAAACACAACGAACCUCAGUGUGCUUUUGAACGUUUGUUUAAUUUCUUAACUGUCAAAGAUCUACAGUUAGUAGUUUUUUAUAUAGAGGAACUACCGUCGUAACAGUAGCAGAAACCCAUCAAUUAACAGACUGCAAAGUACUAAACUUCAUUUGAAUUGUUUUGAAAUGUGUUUUUAACAGCUUAAUACACAAAGUAUUUUUUCCGAUUUCAGUUGUGUAAAAUCUGUAGCUUUAACAUUAGUGCUAACCUUUGAGGUUUUAUUUUUAUUAUUAAUCUAAAGGGAUUAAAAAUGCUGUUUUGUAGCGUUUACCUUAAUUUAUUGCACAAUCAAUGCAACAACAUCCCAACAUCCUAGUAUUUAAAUGAUUGUGUCUUUAAUUUUUUUGAAUUAUAAACUAAUGUAAUUAAACACAUUGUUACUGUAUGCAACAACAAAUGUGCCCUGAAUACUUUUUGCACUAUCUACAGUAUUUCAGUAUCAUGUAUGCAGAUUCUCCUGCCUAUAAUAGAUGAUU